AUGAGACAGCUUUUUACUCCACCAAUAUCGAAUACUAAAUUUGAUACUACACAAUCUAUUAAGGAAUCCUAUAAAUCAUCCUCUUCACUAUCAUCCCUUUCUUCAUCUUUAAAACAUGAAAUUCAUCAAGAGGAUUAUGAAAUUGAUCCUGGACAUCUGAAAGAAAAUAUCAAUCGGAACAAUACUGACAAUAAUAAUGAAAAUGAAAAUGAUAACUUCUCUCAAUCUGUCGAUACCGCUUUAACUCAAUUGGAAAUUGAUCAAGAGGUAAACUCAAUACAUGAGUUACCGCUUGAUUUAUCAAAUCUAAUAACUAUCUUUAUUGAUGAUCUAAAACAACCAAAAUAUAUUAAACCGUUGUCAAUUAUUCAACUAGCGUCCAUUUUCCAAUCCUUUUAUAUGAAAUUUGAUAGGUCCGCCUUCCAAUAUUUAACGAGUACUGGCCCCAGCGGCUUCGUUAAUAAUAACAGUACUAGCUCAUUUCUUAAUGCAAAAGAGUCAUUAAGCUCAGGAUUGAGCGGUAUUUUCUCAAGAAGUAGAAGUAGUAGUGGUAGUGGAAAUUCCAUAGGAAAUAACAACAAUGGUACUACAAGAAGACAGAGAAGAUCUUCAUCUCUCUUCAGUAUGGGUCCCAACAUAAUAAAUAAUAAUAAUAAUAACAACAACAACAACAGCAACAAUCACCGACCUCCUCAACAAUUACUAUCACCUGAAGAAAUUAAUAAACAAUUGAAAGUUAAUAAGUUGAAUAAUUUAAAGUUGGAAAAAUUUAUGAUCCUUUGUGAAAGAAAUAUUUUUAUUAAAAUACUUAAAGUAGGCACUGCAGUACCAUCUCCCAUCAAGAAUACAACUAGCAAUAGUAAUAAUACUAAUAACCUCUAUUCAGCAAACACAAAUAUAAACACCAGAAUUAAUCUCAGAGAAUUCAAGGUCGUCAAUUUAUUUAGAAAUUCCCCGGAGUUUAUCCAAUAUGAUAGAGCCUUAAAUGAAAAAAUUAACUGUCUUUCAACGUUAUUAUCGACUUCAUCUUCCCCUUCGGCUACUCCAACUGAAAUCGAGGAAAACGAAGCUACUGCUACUGCUACUGCUACUGCGGCUGAUUCUGAUGCGCCUAUUAGCUUGUUUGCAUUCCUGGAUAUAGACUCCGUUAAGAUGAAAUCAAAUGAAUCAAUAUCUUUAGAGAUCGAACAUCUAUUUAAAAAAUUCUUACUGUAUUCAAUUUCGCCGUUCGAUAAAAUUGAAAUUCUAUUAAAAAUUCAUAAUUUAAUGACGUUUUAUAAUGAGGAAAUGUCAAAUGAUGAAUUCUUAUCGUUAUUAAUUUAUUACAUUAUAAAAUUCAACACGAAGCGAAUCUUCUUAAACAUUGAAUUCAUUAAAUUUUUCAGAUACAAGAAAAAACUGGUUGAAAAUGAAUUAUACGUCUUAACUAACAUGGAGGCCGCAUUAAUGUUCAUUGAUGGAUUGACGAUAAAUGAUUUCUCUAAAAAAUUAACUAAUACGUUAAACUCAGAUCAAUUGGCUCUACUAAAUGAUUCAAUAAGUAGUAAAAUUCAACUUCCUCUAUCCGUAAUGAAUUAUAGUAAUAAUAAUAAUAGUAAUGAUAACGACACACAUAUCCGUAUUACAGAGAGUGCUAAGGCACUCCUGAUAAAUGAUAAUAAUUUUAAUUUCUUAGACCAAUCUACUAACAUCACCUCCGUUAAUCAAGAUGUACUCCGAUCCAAUUCGUAUGGUAGGUUUAAAACCAUAUUUGAUUCUUCAUUAAGAAAUGUGAUUGGUAAAAUUAAAUCGUAUACCCCUCCUGUGACAGUGCCACCGUCUGAUGAAGAUGAUGUAGAUAGUAUUAGUAAUAAUUCAAAAAUCAACGGUGAUGAGACUACCAACGAUGUAGACAAGGAAAAGCAACAGGUUGAAGAGGAUAAUACAAGUAUAGAAAAGGAGCUUUCUCUAACUAAUUCUCCGGAAAAGAAAGUACGGACAAAAACAAUUAAGAUAUCUGGCUCAAAUAUGUCGUUACAUUCCAACAUAACAUCAUCCGAUGAUAUGAUCACAAAUAUAUCAUCAUCAUCAUCAUUACCGUCAUCGAAUGAGAUACCUGCUGAUUGGAAAAAAUUUAAAGAUUUAGAUUUCGAGGAUUUGAAAAUAUCUGAUUUAAAACAAAUUUUCGAUAUUUACCAGAAAAUUAUUCAAUAA